AUGCUGGUGUCCAUUGGUGAGCUUGUGUCAAUUCACCAAUCGCGACUAGACGAGAUCUCAGGAGAGAUAGAGAACUAUCCCUAUUCAAUCAGCUCCGUUGACGUUGAGAAUGAUGACAAGUUUCGUAAAUCGAGCUCUCCGGUGUCAAGUACUUCAUCUGCCUUGUAUGAAGAUGCCCAGGAAGAAGAAGAAUUGAAGUCAUUGAGCUUGUUUCAAUUGAAUGCCAAAAUGAAAGAGCAUGAAGACAACUUGGAGUCGUUGAAUAGACUUUGGUUACUUCGUGGUCUUGUUCAAGAGAUCGAAGGAACCUUGCACGAUGCAGUGGAAGUCUGCGGUUGCGUUGAGCUAGAAUCCAUAUUUUUCAACUUGGUCAAGCUCCAUACCAAGCUCAGUGAAUUCAGAGAAGCACAUCCUUCGGCCUUGAUUGUGGACAAGCUUUAUGAACACCAUGAGAAGCUUUAUGACGAAGCCAUAGAUCAAAUUAGGAAAUUGUUUCAUAAAUUCUUCCCAAGCGUGAACACAUUUAUAAACCCCAUUAUCGUCAAUGACGUGGAAUUGGAGUACAAUGGCGAAUUUCAGAGUGUAUUCAGGAAGUAUACUGAGAGAAACAGUAGUGAGCUGGUCAUUGGCGGGCUACUCCAUGAAAAGCAACUCAUUUGGGACAAGCAAUUGCUAAACCCGUUCUUAGUAGAUCAUACCCACUAUUUGGAAUUGAAACAGGAAGUUGUGGCUCACUUAGAUUGUGAAAGUAUAGUAUACAGUGUUGAAUUAAGAGAGCAGCGCACUGACUCCUUCUUCAAUGAGGACUAUUUUGCUUCUCUCACCAACUUCAUUAGAUUCAUCAACCUUUUUGAAGAUCAAACAUUGCAGAACUUUUAUCUGAGUAAGAUUUCCAGAAAUCUCACGGAUGUUGUAUCUGAGAAUGUUAAUGAGCUUGUGUUGAAUAAUAAUAGUCUUUUAGUCGACCAGUUGGUCGAUGUUAUAGGACUUUCCAAGAGAACUAAUUGGUCUUUAUCCAUAGCUAACAGUUUAAAUUCAGAAAGUGGUAUGAUAAUUGAAAGUCUUAACCAUUUGUAUUUGGACUGGUUGGUCGAUAGAUACAUUAGCAAAAUCAGAAUGUUCUUCAACGACGAAGAAGAAUUGAGAAAGUUAUUCAAAAACGUGAGUAGUGUAGAUAGCGGACUGACAGCGAAAGUUGCGGACUCUAAAACGGAAGAAGAAGAAGAAAAAAGUGCAUGGGAUGAGGAUUGGGAUAAUGAUGGCUGGAAUGAUGGAGAGGACGCAGAAGAAAAAGAGGAUGAAAAAGAGGAGAAAGAAGUGGCUGCAGAAAAGGAAGAAGACGACGACGAAUGGGAUGCUUGGGACGAAGAAAUUAAAUUGGAAGACUCCCCUAGAAAGGAGAAAGUACCCUUCAAGUUAUCCAAAAGGUCCUCCGCAUCAAUGUCAGCUUCAAGUCGUCCAGUUGCUUCUGCUGUAAGUCAAUCCACGUUUUUAGUAACAGCGAUUCCUUCGAAGCUAUUCGACAUAUUGUCUGGUUAUUUACAGGAAAACCAAGUUCAAUUAUCACCCUCGUCUUUGAUAUCGUCCAAGAUUAAGAUAUUAGUCACUUGCAUCAUUUCAUUCGCAUCUAUAACUUAUCCAACUUUGGAAAGAUCAUUCAUAUUAUACAAUGAUUUGAUUUAUCUUCACCAGCUAUUAGCUCCAUUAAAUUUUGGAGGGGACAAUGACUGUAUAAAUGAGCUAGUUAGAUUUGCCAAUACCAACUGGAUUAAAUUGAAAUUAGAUUUAUUGCCCAACUUACGCGCCAUAACCAAUAAAAUCAACUUGGACCACGACGAUUAUAUUGCAAAGAUCAACCUUGAUAAGCUGGAAGACGACUUCCAGUUGGAUGCCUCAGCCACACAUCAAUUGAAUUUGUUGCAGGACUGGCUUAGCAAAUUUCUUGAUAGUGGUACCUUAUUGAGCGAAAACCCCACCAAAUUUAAGGAACUAUUAUCUUUUUUCCUUAAUUUUGUCAACGACUGGAUUGUGGACUCAAUAAUUGCCAUGGAUGAGAUUACAGAGUAUCAAUCGAAUAAAUUGACCAAGAUACUCGAAAGUAUUCGCCAAAUUACCUUGCCAAUUGCAGCCGAGCAUAUUGAUCACAACGCCGUUUUCAAUAUAAAGGCGUUCCAUAGAAUGGAAAAUGUGAACUUCCUUAUAUCGAACCACUUGAAAGAUAUCAUGGAAAGGUUCUACUCGGGCGAAUUCUACGACUUCGAGUCAAAUGAAAUCAUUUCAGUUAUUAGGAGUAUCUUCGUUAAGAGUGAGUUGAGAGAGGGCUAUAUACAGGAAAUAAUCGAUAUUAGGAAUAUCGAUAACGAGUGA